CCAAAUCCGGGAUUCCUAGUCACCACUUCCAACCCUGUGUCUUGCGCAAUUAAUUCCACCUUCAAAAUGGCCUCCGUUUUCGCUUGGGGCGCUGGUGCUGCCGCUGCGGCCUUCCUGGGCCGAGCCGGACUUGUCGCAUGGAGACGUUCCCGUGGCGGUGUUGGUGCCAUGGGCAAGGCUUUCUACAAGGGUGGCUUUGAGUCCAAGAUGACCAAGAAGGAGGCUACUCUCAUCCUGUCGCUCAGUGAGCGCUCUCUCUCCAAGGACAAGGUCCGCAAGGCCCACCGAACCCUCAUGCUCCUCAACCACCCCGACCGAGGCGGCAGCCCCUACCUAGCGACCAAGGUCAACGAAGCAAAGGAGUUCUUAGACAAACAAACCUGACACCCCACCACGUCAUGACCAACCAACCAAUCCUCCACCCCGAGCCUCUGCCGCUCUGAUUGUCACCCGGCCCGUCUCCAUGUAUCUGUGCUACGAUUGCACCAGAUGACGGUUAAAGUUACAACACGAUGGGUGGCUCACUGCGUGUAUGUGUGUAUACUGUACACUACUUGUUUCCAUAGCGAAGGCGUUUUGUGGUUCAUACGGAAGCUCCUGAGAGUAAGAGCAAAUUGAUGCGAUGAGUACGCCGUCGAGCUAUCUUGGAUGAAUACUGUAACAAUACAAAAAAUACAGGGCCAUGUGCCCGCUCUCUUCUCGCCAUUCCAUCUUCGUCUCA